CAUGCAGCAGCAAUGGCAAACCGUGCAGUCUUAUAUUUCCUUUUUGUUGUGGAGGUAUUUCCAAAAGGUCAAACAGUUCUGAUAGAAACACAGCAGACUGUGAUGGCAGCAGUAGGAGAAGAUGUCCAUCUCAGCUGUCAGCUCAUGCAGUCUAGAGAUGUUCUUCAGGUCACAUGGCAGAAACUUUCACCUGAGGGGAAAAAGAAGAAUCUUGUCACCUACAAUGAACACUUUGGACAAACAGUGAAUCCUGGUUUUCAGGGGAAAGUGGAGUUUAAAGAUGCUGGACUGCAGAACUGCUCCAUAGUUAUCAGGGAGGCAAUGGAUCAGGAUGAAUGCUGCUAUCUCUGUUUGUUUAACACGUUUCCUGAUGGUUCUCUGACAGGCAGAACCUGCCUCCAACUCUAUGAGCUGCAUGAACCCAUUCUACAAAUCACAGAAUCAAACUCUACUGAAGAGACAGUUGUGUCCUGCUUGGCCACAGGUCGUCCUGCUCCCACAGUAACUCUGAAUGUCCCACAACAAGACCUCUACUUCUCUCACAACAGCACAGUCAGUGUCACCAACACCAACGGUACAGUCACUGUCACCACCACAGCUGUGCUGUCUGGUUUCCAUGGAAAUGGUGCACAAGUUGGAUGUGCAGCACGACUGCUCUCAGUCCCUGAAAUUCAGGUGUUUAAGACGAUUCCUGCAGUGAAACAAUCGUCUGCUGAUGGUUUUGAUGAUGAAUCUGGAUCUGAUGAGAAUUUCACUUUGAUCGUUGCAUCGUUUGCGACAGUGGCCGUUGUUUGUGUUGCUGUAGUCAUCACUGUUGUCACUGUCCUGCUCAGACAUAAACAUAAGAACAGUCUGUCACACAGGGAUGCUGAGGAGAUGAAGACACCACAAAAAUCAACCCAAGACCCUGAUGAGUGCAAAACACCUUUAAUGGAGAAGGAGAACGAGCAGAUCAGGAAACGGUCACCUGAGAAGAAAGAUCCAAAAGAGGAGAAACCAGAACCAUCAUCUUCCACAGUUAGACGUCUAUUUAGUGACAAAUAACCAACAAGACUGUAGUUUCAAUAUGAAGUCAGUCAGACUUGAACAAAGCUGCAUCAAAGCAUGUGUUGGUAAAAUGUUCAGAUAUUGUAAAAGAAUCAAAAUGUGUCCUGAACAAGAUGAAUCUCUCAUCUUAUAUCUCCAGAUCAAAAAGAUUAAUGUACACAGAGAUUUUGAUGUUUUUGUACUAUUUUUUUUUACCUUUUUUUUUUUUUUUUUUUUUUACCAUUUUAAGUUAAAAUAAGUUAUUGAUGUUUGAUGUUAUGCUACCUUUUUCUCAGAGAGGAACUACUUUAAUGUCUCUGACAUGUUCAAUACAACCAGUUUCUCUUCUUUCUUGCUGUUUGUUGGGACUUUAAACUCUACCAAGUAUUUUGUAAAUUCUUAUUGUUUUACACCAAUUUACUGUUUUAUCCAUAUUUUUGUAGAAUGUAAAUAGAUUCUGGUUUUGGUCUUUGCAGUAUUUAUUUCCUCUUAUUUUAUUUUUUAUUUUUGUCAUACAAACCUAGUAAUGUCAGAGAUGAAAUUACAGAUCAUUGAAUGUAAAAAUUAACAUGUAUUAUUCCUGUUAAAUUAACAUGCAACAAAACAAAGAAACCACCAGGAGAAAAGCUCCAAUCUAGCAAUUUCCAAGAUUCACAUUUGUUUAUAGAUCCUCAGAUACAUGUUAGACUUUGUGUGACAUGAAACAAUUUUCUCCUUCCUCUGUGAUUUUUGGAAAGUGUUGGUUAAAAUUGGUAUUACUGCUACUAGUGCCACUGCUAUUAGGUUAUAUCUUCUAAUGCGAACAAAGACAACAAUA